AAGGGGGAGACAGACGGGGAAAAUUCCUCCGUGGUGCUCAAAUUUCGCCAAUCUAAUUUUCCGCUCCUCCUUUGUCUCAGUCGGAACACUGCCGUCUCCCCUCUGCCUUUUGGUCAUUACCCGCUUACAUGAUGUUUCGAAGUGUCGUUUUAUGUCUACUAGUCGCAGUCGUUUGCUGUCAUGCUGAGGAGGGGAAGAGCAAGUCCAGGGUGUGUGCCAAUGUAUUCUGUGGGGCUGGCAGGGAGUGUGCUGUGACAGAGAAAGGGGAACCUUCCUGCCUGUGCAUCGAGCAAUGUAAGCCUCACAAGCGCUCUGUGUGUGGCAGUAAUGGUAAGACGUACCGCAACCACUGUGAGCUCCACCGCGACGCCUGCCUGACCGGCCUCAAGAUCCAGGUGUACCACGACGGACACUGUGAAGAGAAAAAGACAGACAAAGCUGUUGCUGCUAGCCCAAUUGUGUGCUACCUGGCCAACAGGAACGAGUUGCGCAGCCGGGUCAUCCAGUGGCUGCAGAAUGAGGUGGUCCCUGACGGCUGGUUCGCCAAGGGCUCCAACUUCUCCAACAUCCUGCUCAAGUACUUCAAGGACUAUGACAAUGGAGACUCCCAGCUGGAUUCCGCUGAGUUCCUUAAGUUCCUCCAGCACAACGACACAGCCAUCAACAUUACCUCAUAUGCUGACGAGGAGAACAACCGCCUGCUCAGGAGCCUGUGUGUGGAUGCCCUCAUCGAGCUCUCAGAUGAGAACACGGACUGGAAGUUGAGCUUCGAUGAGUUCCUAAACUGCUUCAAGCCUGGCUUCAACCCACCAGAGAGAAAGUGUGCCCUGGAGGAUGAGACCUAUGAGGACGGGGCAGAGACUCAGGUGGAGUGUAACCGCUGUGUCUGUGCCUGUGGGAACUGGGUCUGCACAGCUGUGACCUGUGAAGGCACAGAUAAGGUGCCUGCUGUGGAGAAGACUGAAGGUGCUGACCAGGAGAUGACAGAGGAGGAGUGGACACGGCGAGUGGCUGAGCUCAACAAACAUCAGGAAACUGUGGAGAAGAUGAAAGUGAGCACUAAGGACAUUUAAGAGAGAGAGCGAGAGAGAGAGAGAGCCCUCUUUCAGUCCCACCAUCAACAAUCACUAUCUGGCUGAAGCUUUGGAGCUUGUACUGUUGCUAAAAGAAAUGCAUCACUAUUGUUUUUAGUUUUUAUAUUUUAAAAUGUUAAUUAUUAUGAUUUUUUUUUUAACUGUACCAAUGUCUAUUAUAAUACUAUUGUGUAGAGGGGAGACUAGUUGAAUUGUGUGUACUGUACCUACAAUCACAGUACUGUUAUCCUAUUUGAGUAACACUCCGCAGCCUUGGUAAGAAUCCCUGUCACCUAGUGGUGGGUUAAUAUUUCUAUUCAUUUGAGUUAAUGUGUUGUUUUUGUUGUCUGUCAAGUCAAACGAGCUCAUCUGUAGAAAAGAGAAGAGUGUGUGAAUUGGACAUAUAAAGAAAGCACACGUUGUACGAACUACUGUGAGAAGAAAAUGACUUCACAGUGGCCACGUCACAGAGGAUUGAGAUGAGCAAUCCAGCGAGAAAGCAUAAUCCGAUGCUUUGACCUUACAGGGUGCUCUUCCAGACACCUGGGUAUUUUAUAGGGCCAGUAAAUCACAUGAAGGGUGAACACAUGGCUGAGUUGUAAAUGUACCUGAAUACCAUUGUAAAUCCAUCAACAGACUGAUUACACUUGCCUGGCAGUGUUACUGCUCAUAUCGUAUCUGUAAUAUAUACAGUAAAACCCAACGACCCAUAACAUCUGACGGUGCCAGGGUUCAAUCUGUUAGGAAAAGGACAAUUAAGAAAGUCCGCACUCAGUCUUAGACAAGAACAUGUAUACCAUCUCUAUUUUCUUGUCUAUGCACCAACAAUAUGACAAGAAUCUAUGAUUAGAUGUGUGCCGGGUUUCCUGCUUUUUCAAGGUAAAGUGAGGAUGCUAGGGUUCAAUCUGUAGGCUGCAUGUCUAUACUGAUGAGGUAACGUUGUCCCAUCUAUUUACAAAUGUCUUUUCUAUCAUGGGGUUGUAGAGUUAUUACUCCAUAACAUGAAUCGAAUGCCAAAGCACGAGCCUGGAUACUGAUUUGGAUUGUGAAGUGAAACUGAAGAAUUCAGUAUGGAUCCAGGCUACCGAAACACAUAGAUGGUGCUUGUUUGAAUCACUGUCCUGACAGUACUGUAUUGCUAGGAGAGUUCGUGAUAACGUUUGUGUCUCCUUCUCAAACCCAGCAAUAAAGUUGAUCAAUUCUAGAAUGUUCGGGGGGAAAUAUUUCAAGGAUGCCACAGAUGUGAACGAACUAGAAAAAUAUGUUGAUGUAGUGGAUGAAAUGUAAUUGUGGAUUUGUAAUGUACAGGAUAAUAGUACUUGAUAACACAAGUACUCCAGUGCUAUGGGUCACUCUUACUAAUUUCAAACACACGAUUGUGUGGUCCGUCUGAGACAAACAUCAUCUGUGCAUGCUUUGCCAACAGUACUGCAAUUCAUUUGAUCGUUGAUGUUUCGUUUGGAAGCUGAUGCAUGUCGGUCUCUCGGGAUAUAGGUGCUUGGAUUGGACAACUUUGUUCGGCACAAGGAUUGGGAAAAACUGCCAAAACAGCUUCUACAAAACAUUUUUGAUGGCAUAACUGAAACCAAAGUUCAAAUGCAAGAUACCUGAAGUACAUUAUGUGCAGUACCUUUUAGAAAGUAAGUGCCUUACAUUUUCACUGAGACCUAGGGGAUGUCUGUCACUAUGAAACCAUGCCAAAUGUAUGGUCGAAUUGAAGUUGGUAGCCUGUGUUUCUUUUGUUUGCUAUGUGUUAUUGUCUCACUUUUAGAAUAAUACCAGCUCACUAUGUUCGCUGUUACAGGAUACUUUUAAUUAAACAUUAACUCCCUGUUGAUUUUUAAGACUACUGUACUGUCAAACAGGUAUGCAAGCUUUAUACAUGUCAAUAAAUACAUUUAAUAGAUGUA